AUCGGGCGGUAAAAAAAGAAGAUAGCCCAAAGGCCAAUGGCCAAUGGCCAAGGCCCUCCUAAGACCUAAUAUCCCAACGCAGGGUCCAAUUCAACGGGUUCCCGCUCAACUGGCCUUUUUGAUUUGCUUCGGUCGGGUGCUCCCUCUCAGUUUAUGAUCAUGCUGCGAUCACUGAUGGUUAAAUGUUAUGGAACCCUGGGAAGCUCUUGACAUCGACGAUUCUGACCUCUCCUCUUUCCUCCGCCCUUGCAAACGCCCCCUCCUCGAUUCUCCGCCCAAAGCCUCACAUGCCGUCGCCGCCAAUGCUUCGCAGCAGCUGCUAAUUUUUCAACCCAAUUCUCAUUCCCCUGAAGCCCUAACCUCUUCCAAUUCCCAAUUUCUUUUUCCUCGAGCGAAGCCCACUGUUCUUCCGCAUCGCCUCAUUCCCGGUCCUGCCGGUGUUGUUCAGGCCGCAAUGCAGCGCAGGGCUCUAGGUCGCCAGAGUUUAUUGGAAGAUGCUGCGGACUCCAUUCCCACGCAAGAAUUCAUAAGGCGGGUUGUUGAAAAUGGCGAUAAUAAUGAUCACGAUUUUAACACCAAUCCCUGGCACUGUGCUUUGGACUGGCUUCGUCGAGAAGGCAUGGUCGAUCGUAAUAGUGUGCCAUUCGGUACACCUUUAAGCUCAAUUAAGAAGCAUAUCAAUAUUGAACGAGUGGGCCAGGUCAUUGCCGUUAUCAAAUCCUGCGCUCCAAAUGGUCUCGGGGAUUUGGUGGUGACCUUAAAGGUAUAUGUGGAACUGUGGAUGCGGCGCGCUCGACAAUGCACUCGUGAUUUGUCUCUCUGGUUCUUUCUCAUGAUAAUGAUAUCUCAGGUACCUGAGUUUGAAUUUCAGGAUCCCUCUGGUACAAUUGGUGCUAGUGUACAUCGUAAAGUCUUCACUGAGGGAGAACUUGGGAAUGAUAUAAAAGUUGGUUCGGUUUUGGUUCUCCAAAAGGUUGCGGUGUUUUCCCCCACUCGCUCCGUUUGUUAUCUGAAUAUAACAUUGUGCAACGUAGUCAAGAUCUUUUCAGAGGACAGUGAAUCUCCGUCAGAAAUAUAUCCGACAGCUUUAAGGCGCACUGCUCCUUCCAUAGGAAGCAGCGAAAAAAUAUCGAUGCCGGACAAUGCUUCGUCUCUGCCACGGGAAAGAACAGCGGGAAGUAAUACUAGCCCCUCCCUACAUUUGGGAUUUAUGGAGAUGGAAGCUAUUGAUAAGCAAAAGGGAGAUGAUAAAGCUUCGAGAAGCAUUGGGGGGAAACAAGAUUCAGGAAGCAACCAUUCUGAGUUUGUCAGUAUUGCUGAUCGUGCGGAAGCACUAGGUGGUGGUGAGCUUGAGAUUGGAAUGGAAAACCAAUCAAACCCUUAUCAACUGGGUGGGGACAGUCCAGCACGUAAUGCUCAAAACAAUGGUUCAUCAGUAUACUUGGCUGAUACACCUGAAUCUCAUGGUCAGGAAACGGAGUUAAUAAAACAGAUGGAAAAGGAUCGGGGGAUCCUAAUCCCGAAGAAUUCAAUCCCUCAUUGGACAGAGGAACAGCUUGAUGAGCUUUUAGCAUUUGACUGACGUAUUGAUUUCUGUUUGUCAAAGUACAUAAAUAGUUGUUACGUAUCUUUGAUGGACCAAUCCCAGUAUUGCAAGGAAAACUUAAAAAAGAAAGAAUGGAAUUCUUUUCAGUUUUCAUGAGAUUACUAAUGCUAUGUUUGGUGUGCAGGGAUUAACUUUGUUUGGCCAGCUGGUAGUGAAAGUGGAAAAGGAAUCUUGAAACAAAGUAGGACUGUACAAAUAUCGAGUUGCACUGGGCUAGUGCUCAACCCCUGGUCUGAAAUAGCACCAAGUGAAAUUUUUUGGUCUGAAGACUAGUCCUGUCUGGAGAGGCCCGACACUAAGAUCGGAUUGGACUUGGUCUAUCAGGUUACCAGAUCAGUCCUCCCAGAUAACCUCUCAAAAACUAACCCAAAAAAAGAAAGAAUGCCAUUGAAACAAAUCUAAUGGAUGAAGGAGGGAGGAGGAAAAGAUACAGAGCCCAAAUGUCAUAAAAGAGGAUCCCAAGUCUAAAUUGAAACCAUGAAGCAUAAGCACCCAUUAUUGGAGAAAGUCAAGAGCACCUAGAUUUGCAACUUAUAAGCAAACACCAUGCCGUUGAGAGCAACAUUUAAGCCAAGCAGAGAGUACUAAAAGAGUUCACAAGCUUGGUUUGAUUUGAUCUGGAGUUUGAUUUGAUUUUGAAAAAAAACCAGAGCAAAUCAAACCGAUUGGUUCACAAUAGUUUAGAACCUAUUCAGUUUUUUUCUCUAAUCAAUUUGGUUCGGUUUGAUUUAAGUUUGUAUCAAGUUUAAACUUUUUAAUAAAAUAUUCUUUAUAAUUAUUAAUAUAUAUUCAUUUUAUUAAUAA